UUCGAUUCAAAAAGCUAUCAUUUUUGAGAUAUCUAGUUUUUCAACUCCACAUUUUAUAAAUCCGAUAAUGAUGACGCGCAUGAUUGAUUCUAUGUGCCCCUCCGAAUGUCACAGUAGAGGGUACUGCUUUAGAAUUGAGGGGGAGCCGCGAUGUUUUUGCCAAGCUGGGUUUGAAGGCGACGUUUGCCAAUUUAUUGAGAGCACAGUUGCCACCAUCGAAGAUACCAAACACGGGUGGGGUGUAAUGGAUACUCUGCUACUAAUUUGCAUUUGUCUGGUGGUCAUCGGUUUCUACUGUAUUUUCAUGGGAUAUCGCAGCCGUCGGAAGGAUCCAGAAAGUAGUUUUGAGCUCCAGAUUAUUGAAGAAGCAUAAUUUUUUUUAAAUUUUUUCCGUUGAUUUGUUUUGUAAUUUUUUUUCUGAAACUAUUCAAUAAACUUGAUAAAUUUAGGAAAA